UAGUUAGAUGAGAGUGACAUGAAAAGCUGAAUAUUUAGAAGAAAAAAAAAAAUUCCCUAUCAUUUUGGCACGAAAGUCGGUCACAGGCCAUUCAGGAGCCACAUGAAAUGCAGCGUCUGAAAGCUCCAAUCCAUGCUGUCCCCAAAACUACGAUACUCCUUGUGCUCCCAUCUCCCUCCUUCUACCUUCAAAUCUAAGUACUCCUUCUCCUCCUCUUCUUCUUCUUCUUCUUCUUCCUUGCAAUACUCACCAUGGUCGGGUCUCCAGGCCUGGAGAGACAGCCCUGUCAACGAGAACCGUAUUUGGGGACCCAAUGGCCCAGAACCUCUGGUGCUACACUCACCCUCUUCAGUAAUUGACCACGGUGAAAGCCCAAUUGGGUCUGCUUCUUCCUUAGCGGAGCUUGGCGCUCUCGUCCUAUCCACCGGUGACCCUCUCACCAAGUCCAGGCUUUCGCAUUUGGCUUACUCUAGGUGGCGCCGUGAGAAACUUCCGCUUGGGGUGGUGUCUGACCCGCCUUCGCGCCCUGCCCGACCUCCAAAACCCGAAUUGGUUUCCCCAAAGGAAAUUCCUGCUCCAAAAAAUUCAGGUUUGCCUCUCAAUGCUUAUAUGCUUCAUAAUCUUGCUCAUGUGGAGUUAAAUGCAAUUGAUCUGGCAUGGGAUACUGUUGUUCGGUUUUCGCCCUUUAGUGAGAUUCUUGGGGAGGGGUUCUUUGCUGAUUUUGCUCAUGUUGCUGAUGAUGAGAGUCGCCAUUUUGCUUGGUGUUCGCAAAGGCUCUCUGAGCUCGGAUUCAAAUAUGGCGAUAUGCCUGCCCAUAAUCUGCUUUGGAGGGAGUGUGAAAAGUCAUCUGACAAUGUCGCUGCACGUUUGGCAGUGAUCCCACUUGUCCAGGAGGCUAGAGGACUUGAUGCUGGGCCACGACUAGUGCAAAAAUUGAUUGGCUUUGGAGAUCUCCGGACAUCUAAUGUUGUGGCUAGAAUUGCUGAUGAGGAAGUUGCACAUGUCGCUGUUGGUGUACAUUGGUUUGUCUCAGUCUGUCAGAAGAUGGACCGUGCCCCUUGUUCCACUUUUAAAGAUUUAUUGAAUGAGUACAAUGUGGAGUUGAAAGGGCCGUUCAAUUAUUCAGCUCGGGACGAAGCUGGCCUUCCCCUUGACUGGUAUGAUGCAUCAUCUUCAAAAGAACAGGAUAAGAAUGGCAAAGAAAACAAAAAUGAGAAGCUUUCUGUGGUUUAUGAGAGGCUUUCUUCCAUCAUUUCUAUGGAGAGUGAGAACUCAAGCUUGAAUAGGCCUCCUGGAUGAUUUUUGUUUCACAUAUUCAGCUUGAACACAAUGAUUGGCGAUAUUGGGAAGUUCAUCCUUGGUUUCUCCGUGUUGAUCCACUUGCAACCACACUGGUAACAACUCAGUAUUUGUCUUCCUGUACAGGUUGUUUCUGCAAGAGCUGACUGGGUGACUUUCAUUACUUUUGCUUUGACAUUAUAUUACUGUAAAUUUUCUUCUUGCUGUUAUAACUUGUAUAGAAGUUUUCUGGUU